GGGUGAGUUCAUUGUGAAACCUCGCCCCACCUUAUCAUGCGAAUUCCUGAGAUCAGAUGGCCCAGGAUGUGAGUGGGCAUCAUCUUUACCUCUCAUACACUCGUACAACUUUUUGUUUUGAUUUAGCAACACUUCUCACUUGUGUUUUAACAGUUAUUAGGGAAUGGGUGUCUUUGGUGGAGUACGUCAUGUUGUGAAUCCCUAAAGAAGCAUUAGCAGAAUGCUAGCAUUUAAUGGGUUGUGCAAGAAAAAGUGGUGAGACGUCAGAUAGCAGUGUUUCCUUUCGGUUGUGGCACAUCAUCUGUACUGUUUUCGUGAGAACUAGGGCGUUUUUUUGUGUCUAGAAGCAUGUGUAAAUAGUCAUUUUAGCCUUUUUAUGUAACAGAGAAUUGUUCACCGAGUGUUAUCUCAUGAGCACCCCCCACUGUGCCCUUGGCUGAAUCGCAGCCAAUUUCUGUACAGUGGAAUUAAUAGGAGGUAUAAAGACUCCCCUACAUUGCUGACAUUACGCAUAGCUGUCUGAAUUAUCCACAUUUCACUAUAACACAAAAUGAAUACUGUGAAAUUGCUUUAGUUUAACCUCAUCAGCGGGACAAAAAAAUGCUUGCUUCUUUGUCUGAUGCCUCCUAUCUUAUUGCCUGCAUCACUUCUACUACGGGCUCUUCUUUAGAGAACAGCUUUUCGAUAACUCGUAAAAAGAAAAAGACUCGCUUCUGUCACUUGUUUGUACCGCAGACGUCUUUUGUUUUCUGUUUUUUUUUUCUUUUUUUUUGUGUUAUAUGGUUGUGACAGAGGCAGCUUUAUAAAGUGAGUGGAAUCACAUGAAGUGUUUUUUCUCCCCGUGUGGGUGGGACCUAAUUGUGCUCUGUCUCUGUGCUUAUGCAAGUUUUAAACUAGCACUUUCAUCUCCCACUUAAACAAGUUCAGUAUUUAAAAAGGAAUUUAUAGAAAAAUGAGUUGUAAUUGAUAUUGUCCGCAUUCGGUUGUUUACGGCACAUUUUAGAUAAUAGUUUUUACAAAGCAGCAGUCAGAUGUCUGGAGACGCUAAAGCCCCUCUCUUCAGUUCAAGGCUGCCAUUCAUUCAUCUAUGUAAUUGAGCACAUCAUCGAAUGAGUGGAUCAGCACUCUAGCCCUUCAUACCCGCACUUAGUACCCAAAUUUCCUUUCAAGUGUUAAAUGAACCCCCCGCUGAUCCUCGCUGAUUGUAUGUCAUUUGGAUUUUGUCUGGUGGCAAUAAAACCUCAUCUGCCAGCAUCGUUCUCCUUCCUCAAUGGCCACUCCUUUCUCUUUGUCUGUCCUGUUCCACAAUUGCGGAAUAAAGAGAGGUGGCAUUUAAAAAGGUCCACAUGUGGAGGGGUUGACAUUCAAAGUACUGCCACCUUAAGGUUAACUCCAUGCGAAAGGUGAUAGUGAAUGCAGGCUUUUAAAGCAUCAGUUAUGUCAUGGAAUAUCAGAUAUCAGUGAGGAGGCACACGGAGUAGUGUUUAAGAUGCACAGGUAAACAAUACAAUCUCUCUUCAGCAUGUCUGGCACUUCAAAUCCAUCUCACCUGUGGUAUUAAGGCCUGAUGUGCUCUUAGCGUCAGUUACAUGCUGCAGAAGACAAUGAGGGAUUUUUGUCUUCGUGUUUUGCUGCCAAGGCUAUAUUUGUGUAAAUGCAUACGGCUUCAAAAGGAGUAGUUAUGGACAAUUGCCCUCAGAUGCAGCCCGAGGCUGAAACUUGACUCCUGGUAGAAACAUUUACUUUUUUCAUUCCUAUUUGAAAAGGCUAGACUAAAAGUGUUUGUACUUUCUAUGGCUGUAAAUAGACACUGACAGGCUUUGCUUUGAAAAUUCCUUGCUUGACUUAUUGCCGUUUUCAGCUGGGUGCACAAAGGAGACAAUAAACGUAAGGCUUAAGAGAGGUCCUGAAAAUACUUUGGAAAAGAAAAAUCACUAGCCAAUUGGCCGUGCUCUUCUCACUCACUGAGCUGAUAUCUGGAAAGGAUCUUAGGCGUUUUGUUUAGCUUUAAUGUUUCUAUUGAAGAACACAAAGUGCAUGGAACAGGAGAAGGAAUUUUGCUAUUGACUCCGAGCGGCUCUGGGGAUGGGAGCAUCUGUCGGGCAGCCCAGCACUUUGAUUCAGACUGACACAUCUCCACGUUCCCUAAAGUUUUCUGUAAUGCAACCGCAAAGCUGACAUUUUUGGUUUACGUCUCAGCAAAUGCUGUGUUAAAGCUCGGUAGAGAUCUGUUUCAGCUGAUGCAUCAUAAUGAGGUAUUAUGUUCUGAUUCUGAACUCUUCAUCACGCCGCAUUGUCUAAAGUUUGAGUUUGUCUGAUACUGUAAAGUUGUUAUUGACCUUUUCUUUAGCUUUAUAUUUAGAUAUCAUUAGCAAAUGCUAUUUUAGUUAUGUUACAGAUACAACACUAUAAAAAAGUAUUUGCCAUUCCUGAUUUUUUUUUCCCUGGUAAUGAGUAUUUCACAGCGCUGUAGAGGAAAUUUGGCCCACUCUUUUUAGUAGAAUUGUUUAAAUUCAGACAUUUUGGAGGGUUUUCUAGCAGGAAUGGUGUAAAAAUUUUAAAUCUGGUUUAAGUCUUGACUUUGACUAGGCCAAUGCAAAGCCUUUGACUUCCUGAUGUUUUUCAAGAUAUGGUCUUGCUGCGCAACCCAAGUGCACUUGAGCUUUAGGGCAGAAUUCAUAGUUUCAUCCCAACCAUCCCAAGAAAUUUGCAGUGCCACCACCAUCUUUGACUGUUGGUAUGAUGUUCUUUGUAUGAAAUCCGCUGUUAAUUUUAUGUCAAAUGUAAAAGGACUCAAAAUUCCCCAAAAGUGGAACUUUUGUCUCAUCAGUCCACAGAAUAUUUUCCCAAAAGUCUUGUGGAUUAAGAUGCUUUUGGCAAGUGUGAGAAACCCUUGGUGAUCUUUUUGGUCAGCAGUGGUUUUCACCUUGGACUCUCUCAAGGUAAAAGUUGUUCUGGGUUCUUUUCUGACCUCCUGGAUGAGCUGUCGAUUUUCUCUUGGAGUAAUUUUAGUAGGCCGGGCACUCCUGGGCUCACUCAGGUUCACCGCUGUUCCUAGUUUUUGUGGAUAAUGGCUCUCAUCAUUGUUCACCGGAGAACCAACGGCUUAGAAAUGACUUUGAACCCCUUUUCAGAGCGAUAGAUAUCAGUGAUUUUGUUCCUCAGCUUGUUUCUUGAAAUCUUGUUGCCUGUUCUACUUUGUCAGUUUUUGACAGUUGCUUGGUUCAUUUUUGUCUAAUAUUUGAUAUUUGAUGAAAAUUAUUUGCUGAAAAAGAUGUGAAAAAUAUACAAAAACAAAGCUAUAAAUAAUAAUAAUCAUUGGUGCGACAUAUUAAACAAAUACAUUUGUAGUUGACAGAAACUUGGGUGAUGUGAUUAGUAGUAGUAUUAGUAAAAGUAGCUGGUGAUAGCUAAGUCAAACUUUGUUUUUCUGGUGCAGGAAUGUAAAGUACAGGUUGAUCCUCUCUAGCUGUGCUCUGAUAGGUAUUUUUAACUGGCAGAUAAACAUUUCCUGCCCCUAACAACCCUCGUUUUUAUUUGUCCCUGUACUGUGUUAAAAGUGAAUGACUGCAUCCAAGUAAAAUCUCUGCUGGAUCCAUUAGAAAUGUGGCGCAUACUUUAGCUCGCGCUUUGAUUAGGAUGUCCAGUUGAUCUGGGCUAAUCUCUUUAACGAAUGAGUCUUGGGUCCCUGCAUUCAUCAUGGUCAAUAACAACAAAUGGCUCUACUGUACUGCUGAUAGUUUCUGCUUGGGGCGAUAAAAUAAUUGCCCUUUUUAUGUCAGAUUGGAGGAUGCUGAUUUGCCAAAUGUACAGGGCUAUAAGCUUAUCUUCAGUCAGCAAUUGGCAAUAUUACCUCUCUGCCUGGGCAAUGUUUCUUUGAGAAUGCAGAAGCAUUUUUUAGGGACACCACUGCAGCAUAGCAUUUCUAUGGAUCUUAUUCAGUAUGUUUAACAUCUUACAUGCACAUUUAACACAUUAUUUACAUUUAAUCUGGAGACUUCUGCUGGCUAGCAGGCCCUGCUUCCUGUAUUCUAUUUUUACCAUCCAGCGCAUAUAACAAACUUUUUUCUCUCUCCCCUUUUUUUUUAAUAUAACAAGGUCCUCAUUAUGACAGAAGCUUUUCCUCGGCUACAGACAACUUUUUAUCUCUCUCUCCUUAUUCUUGCAUUUCUAUCAGUCCAUUAUUCGACUGCGAGUCCCCAGCAUUGUGGCCUACUUGCUGUGGGCCUUCCCUGUGCACCAGACUCAGGGGAUCUAAAGCCGGCCAUUUUAAUAAUACACACAUAAAUAAUAGAUAUAUUUUAAAUGCAAAUUCUAAUAGGGACUUUGGGGGCGACUCAAUCAUGCAGCAUUUGCGGUUUUGACCUUAACUCGGGCUAACAAAUUACUGGGAGCUCAGUGUUUCUCAUUAGGUGCUCCACGCAUCAUCACACCGCCAAGUUGCCUUUGGCUAUAACCACAAACCCUGUAUACACGUGUUCAAUAUUUUCCUUUCAUUUUUUGUGUUUAGUAGUUUUUACCUGUGCGCUUUUUUUAAAAGUAAAAAGUAACAUCAAAUACCUCACAGUUGAUGUUGCUGAUAAGAGUAUAAUAAAUACAGAGGUAAAGUUAUAUAAAUGCCAUUGUUUUUGUUCUCUUUUGAAAGAAAACAUUCAUAACUAAUGCAGAAAAUCGUAGUACAUACAUAUAGUAAGUACAAGUAAGAAGUUGUCUGGUGAAAUAAAGUAUAUUCAGUGUAUAAGUAAAUGUCCCAUAUUUGAAAUUCUAAUUCAAGCAGAGUAUUAUUGCAAAAUGCCUAAAUAGCUAAAAUCUAAGUGCUUUGCAUGAAGAUGGCUUCUUCUGAUUAUGGCUGUCUGGGGUUAUUGCCAAGCCGCUGAAUCAAUUGUGAUGCCUCUUGAAUAGCACUGCUCUUAUUUCCUUUUCACCACAUAAAUUUAGAGAAGAUAUUAGUAAGAACACACAUUUUUUGUGUGCUUAAGGAAAAGGUUCUCCUAAAAUUCCAUCCAUAUAUUCAUACUCUUUGCCUGCCUCUUAUGUUAAAUAUUCGAGCUCAUCUCAACAUGAGCUCGGUGAGCUGAUAUUUUGGAAGGGUCACCAGUGGACCAGUGUCUGAGCUAACAAACAAACCAUUUUGCAUGUCUGGGCUCACACAGAUGAAAUAAUAAAGAAAAAAAAAAUCAAACCAAGGACCUUCUUGGCUGUGAGGCGGCUCUGGUAAACACUAAGCCACCAUACUCCUAUUCAUAAUGAUAACAACAGUGGAACUGCCGUGUAAUUGGAAAGAAUAAAUCUGGGCCGUGUAUAAUAGCGGGAAUGGUUAUUACAAAUUGCACACAUUCUAAUGUGUUUCCACAAAAGAAAGAAACAUUCCACCCAUCCAAGAAAUAGAUGCAGGUAUGCAGCAAAAAUGUUAGAAUUACUAUAGCUAUUGUGCAGAGAGGUUAUGCUACGAAUAAGGUCAUGUUUUGUUGAAUGGGUUUAAGAUUACGCCAGGCAGAAAGCUCUUUACAGCUUCAGCAUCAAUUUUUUUCUUCCCCCAGUCCUAUUUCACAACAAUUGCUCCAAUGUGCACCGUGACCAGCCCUUACAUUUAUUCCUGCUAAUAUCAACAGCUGGCCGUCACGUUUACCUACAACCUCAAGUCCCUCUGUAUUUUCAUAAUCUCGCCGUGCACGAGAUGCACAAACACGCGGAUCAUCGUCUGUGAAACAACAAAGGCCACACAGUUUGUAUUCCUUUGUAAUUCGGCUCUAAUAACAGCCCUGCAAACUUUAUUGCAACCCUAAUCAGAUUAGAUACUUCUGGGAAAUAACAGUUGAUAAUGUUUGAAGAGGAGGAUAAUAUCCCUAUUCAAAUUAGUCUGCAAAUUAGAAUGGAAUAAAUUGUCUGUUCAACAUAAUAUUUUACCGAGUCUGGAGACAAAGCAAUCCAAAAAGUAAUUGAAAGCAAUUAGAUUAUGAUUACUAAAUUUGAUUAAUCUGGUGGAUUACACUACUGGUUGUCAAUUUCAGGUUGGUAUUCUGUUACAAAUUGCUAAUAUAUAACAUUAUAUUUAUAUAUCCAUUUCUCAAGUGAAUUUUUAUUAGGACUGUGCUUUAUAGCACCGAUGACAGAAUAGUGGAUUUUCUAUGGAAAUAGCAUCGCUCGGUACAGUAUUAAAUUCCAUACUCGGGACUAAAAGCCUCUCUUAAUAUUGCCAUUCAUUAAUCUUAGCUCUUUAGCAUAAAUCCUGUUCCUAAACCUGCUUUCUACUGACAUCAGCUAUAAAGCUUUAUUUAGGCAAACUUAAAGUAAAGUAAAAUUCACCUUUAAUCAAUCACUGUAACCUGUAAUUACUUUAUGAAAUUCAGUUCUGCCACAACUUUCUUUACAGGUGUGUAAGCGACACUGUGGGUCCUCACUCACCACCCAAACGUCAGUAUGAGAAUACACGGGACACUUGUUGUGUUGUCUGUGGCUUGCCACUGAUCUGUCAGCGUUGCGUCGUCGUCUUAAGUGCCGGUGGGGUCGGCGGUUUUGUUCGUCGCCGUUCUCUUCCAGCCAUGCCAGAAGGCACCGUUUGUCACGGCCUGUCAUUUCACAGGGAGCGAGCGAGCGCGCGUACCGUGAUUUGACAUAAAUGAAAAAGUAAGGUAUGAUUGUUGCAUCGCUGCCCGCUCCCCGGCUUCCAUCACGACAUCCCUCGUUCAUUUUGAUCCAUUCCUGGUGCUGUUACUGUGAGCUGGAGCCUAAAUGUCAGCCCAGUUUGAGUCAUAUUUCCAUCUUUGAAGGAAGCAGGAGGGGGGGAAAAAACGGCCGCGCAGACGUCCUUCUACGUUUUGGUUGUUUUUGUUGUUGUUGGCGAUUCUACAGCUGUCAUCUCAAUUAGGAAGCUGAUUUCGAGGGACUGUUUGCGCGCUCGCACCUCAUCUACUGUCUUCCUGAUGACGCGCAGUAUGUCAGAACGGUGCAUGGAGAGAAGGCUCUCAAGGUCAGAUUGAAAUUGGAACCAUUUCAUCAUGAAUCAUUAUGAGAAGUGCUGUGCAUCUGUUGGAGCAAUAAAUAUUGUCAAACAUGAGCCAAGCACAGUAUAUACUAUAAACGAUACACUUGCAGCAUGUUAUUUUAGGGCCACAGUUUAUUGCAGGCUUGUUUUUGCUGAGCUAUUGCACAUCUAUGAAACCCAUGUAUUGAUUUCUUUGUCUUUUGUUUUUUACUGUUAAUGAAGAGUCUUUGCACGAAUAUUUCACUGCACUAAAUGAAUUUAUGGAUGUUGUUCAAAUGAAAGCCCCCUCCAGCUCUUGGCAGGUGUUUUUUAUUCAACAGCUUUUAGCCAUUGGCCGGUAAAUGACUUUGCUAUGAUAGUGCCAGCGACUUGAGUCAAUUUGUUUUUCGUAAUGGCUCGUCUUCUGUUGGUGCACAAAAGCAUCUUGAAACUAUAGCGUGUGAUAAUUAAGUUUGGGGCUGAGAUUCAAUUAGAAACUGACAUUAAUAUCUCUGCUUGAAAGAGCAGUGCAUGUUUGACACAAUCCAGGACUAUUCUUAGUUUAUUUGGGCAGAAUUUUCAUAUUUUAGGUAGGAAAUCAUCAGGAGAGUGAUCAGAGAAUAUGGCCUAAAUUUUUUAAAGGGUUCAAAGAGCUCGGCAUACAAGUCUGAGUAAUGUAUACUUGCUUCCAGCCAUAAAAAAAGCCUUUGCGAUAUUUCCCAAAUGUCUUUCGAAGGACCGUCAAGUCUGCAUCACAUUGAAUCACAAAGUCCAGAACAAUUCAAUUGAAAAUCAGCCGAAUUAUUAUCUCGGGCUUUGUGAACCCACAAUGAAGAUUAUUGAAAAUGAGGGUGAUUGUCUUGUUACUGUGAAUUUUGUAAGCCAACUUGGAAAUGAAACAUUUUAUGCAGAGUGUUGUGGGUUCGUGUGUUUGUGCAUGUGUGUGGUUUCUCUCUGGAGAAUAAAAGCAGAGAGAUGAACGUGUGGGUGUGUCUGUCUUCCUCGCAGAAUGAUUACCUUGACAAGGUUAAAAAUGAAUAAGUGCAGUUGAAUAAACCGUCUGCGAUUCAUUUAAUGACAGCUGCUGAUUUGAGCCGUGAUGCCUACACAAUAUGAGACAGACACGAAUAAAAAAAGCAGAACAUCCGAGAUCAGCGGUGUUGCUAGCGCUUUCUAAUUUUUUUUUUCCCUUACAAGAUUGCAGGAUUAUUAUACCUGCUUGUUUCAUAAAACUUUAUUGUACAAGUAAAUCAUCAUUCUCAAUAGGCACACACAACAAAAGAGAAACGCACAAAAGAAAACAGAAAUACUGCAGACUGAAUCUUGAAUGUCUUGAACCAUAUCAGAUUUCUCAUGCGGCAGAUUUUCCCUGAUAAAUGGCGCAGAACUCCCACAAAUCUUUUUGCCAACCAUCAUCGAGGGCAGCUAGUGAAACUGUCGCACGAAAUAAGACUCGACUCUAGAUUUCUUAGGCUUCACUUGUACAGUAAGAGUAUUUUAGAGCAUAAUAGUGCCCCUUUUAAUUAUAUUAAGUCACAGAAAUACCUUCUUACUUUGCAAAUUAAUAGUUUAACCUUGUGUGGUCUAAAUCCAACCUGUAACUCUCUAUGUCGAUUGGGAACGUGUGAAUUUUUUGCACAAACAAAAUAUUAUCCCUCCUCCCCACCCCAUAAAAAAACCCAAGUUUGUUUCAGGCCUCGCAGUUACAAAGUGCAUUGUUUUGCAUAAAGUUAAACCACCAGCUAAUUUUAUUUUUUGUUAUUAUUAUCCUGUCGUUAGGGGAUUAAAUCUCUUUUUUAAGACAGACCUCUCCAAAAUAAAAGUCCCACGGUUUCUGUAACAUACAACAAUUAGCCGCCUGCCUGUACCACCAGAUCUGACCUGUCUGGGCACAAGAGGGUCAAAGUGUCUGACAGCAGGAAGUUCACACUGGAUCUGUGGGGUUCUUUAUGAUUCAGGUUGGGAGUCUCUGUGGAUUUGGCUUGUUCGGGCACAUCUUGCAGAUGCUCAGUUGUGCUGGGAUCUGUAGAGUCUGGAGGCCGGGUCAACACCUUAUCCUCUCUGGCUUGUUCAUUGCUAAGCAGUCUUUGACAAGCGUGGCAGGGAGGCGUUUCCCUACUUUGUGAUGUGAGGCUCAUUAUUGUUUGGGUGUGUGUUGUGUGUCAGAGUAACUCAAGGUUUGCCAGCAAAACACUGGCAAGCAAAUUCCAAAUCAGUGUUGUUCAGUUUACCUACAACGGGGUUUUAUUGUUGACUGUUCAGUGGUUAAUUUAAAAAAAAAAAAAAGGUGAAACCAUAUUGAACGUGUUGAGUCAUUCAUGCCGUGUAAUCGUAAUUCGGUAUUUACUGGCUCCUCACGAUGCACCUGAAUGUCAGCUAUUCCAAUCAUCACAGGUAACCAAGCUGGAAGGCCAGGGACCUCAUUUAAGGCCUGUUUAUCAUAUGCUUGAUUUUCAGUGGAGUUGCAGACAUCAGCAGAAUAUGAAAAAAAAAAAAACCUGCAAGAGAAAAAUGACUAAAACCCAGCUGUCAAACAGGAUAAUUUAAAAUCUGAUUAAAGUAUCUGAUUGCUCACCUGCUAUAACUCAUCAGCUUCACUAGCUUGUUGCUAAAGGCACAUGUGGCACAUAAAAACUAGCAACAGAUUCAGGGUAAUAAUGCUCAUCGUUCAGUAUGCGUGAACUGUUUAACGCGUUCACCAUGUUUUCAUGUUGCUGUCAGAUCAACAUUUAAGAAAUUAUCAAUCGUACUAUUAAAUAAAAGUGAUGCUUAAUAUUAAAAAUCUUCCAAACAAAGUGGAAAUUUUAAUAUUUCAGUUUGUGUCUUUAUCUUCAGGUUCCUGCACAUUUGGGUUUAUUUUGGAUUUUUUUUAUGCUUCGGCAUAAAAGUUUUGCUUAUUGGCUUGAACUAGACAGAAAAUUUGAAUUUAUAGUAAACUAUUAUGAACCAUCAGAGCUGUAAGCUGCCCUAUUAAAGCCUCUAAUACAGAAUAUCUUACACAGAAACAUUUGUGUGCAUACAGAGGCAAAUUUAAAUGUUGUGACUCUUAAUUCCAAAUAAAAUCUUUUUCCCUUUCCCCAGCUUUCUUUUUAAACCAUUAGCUGAUAUUUUGAAACAGCUGGUUGCACUUAGUUAUCUCUGUAGGCGUUUCUGAGAAUACCAAAAAUAUGUUACACAAUUACUGCCAAAGAUUUAACUCUGUAUCUGUAAUUUAACCUUUUAGAUUAUACAAACGCCUCCCCUGUGUUGCUAAACUGAACAAUGUUCCUUCUUUGUGUCUCCUUAUUUUAUAAGGUGCCCCUCAAAGAUCUGGGUUGAGCUAUCAUUACCAAGUAUAAAGGGUUUUUUCUCUCUUCCUGCUGUAGGCACCUACUUGAAAUUUAUUGUGGUCAAAGAAAAGGGAAACAUAAAUAUUUAUCAGGAGGAAGCACGAGAAAUAGAAGAAAUGUAAUAGUUGUUCUAAUUCAAAUCUUUUAAAUUUGAAUCGAGCGUUGUAAGGAUGUGACCAGAAAUCUCUUGGUGUGUGACCUGCAUAUUUUCCUGGUAAAUGAGACAUGUUAAAUGAUGUGCCAGAGGGAAAAUGGGUCUUUUCAAGCAGCACACACUGUUCCGAUCAUCACAGAUAACCAAGCGGGAAGGCCAGGGACCUAAUUUAAGGCUAUUUACCAUACGCCAGAUUUUCAAUGGAGCUGCAGACAUGGGCAAAAUAUGAAGAAAACCUGCAAGAGGAAAAAGGACGAAAACCGAGCUCACAAAUAGGAUCAUUUAAAACCGUCCAGAGUUCAUAAAGACGCGAGUAAUUAAUAAUUCAUCAAUCUCAUCUUGAGAUCUUUUACCGUGAAUGAUAUUUGAGCUUCUUCUCAGCCUUACCCGUGCACUCUGAAAUGAGUGAAUACAGGAAAAGAGGACUCAAUUUCAUCAAAAACAAAGAGAUGGAAUGUGAUUAGUUUCCGAGCACAUCUCCUGGUUGUAUCACCCUUGACUGAUUCAUCAGAGUUGAGCAACAAAAGGAACACAGUUUUUAAUCAGAGCCAUAAUUCUUGAUUAGCACUUAAGCAGGAUUUGUCUCUAAAGGGGUGAUUGCUGUCACUUCUGAACAUUUUAGGCAACUCGCAGAAGUAUAACAGUGAAUACUGAACUGUUUCUCUUGGUCUUGGUCUCUUUAGCAUCUAAUUCACCAGUCAGUCAUGCAUCCACCACACACAGUAUAUCAUACAUGUUGAGACACAGUUGGUAUAGACAUUAUGACUCUUCUUUAGGAGCAACGGCUGAAAAUAGUGCGUUGUUACAUGUGUGAUCUCAUAUUGCCAUGUUGGUAACUGGACUGUCACUGCAACUGACCAAUCAAGUUGUUGCAUUGUCAAGGACAUUCGAAUUAACAUAACUCCAACUUAAAAGCAGGCUGCACAAUGAAUCUAAUUUUCAUUUCCAUGGCAGAAUUGGCUUCCUACAAUUUAAUGAACAUGAUUGAGUGAUUUUGAACAUGUGUGCUUGGCAGCAGAGAGCAAAGCAAAAGCAAAUCAAGUACUUCUUAAAUCGGUGCCUUACCAUGUGCGUUUGAAUUUUCUGGAGAAAUUUGGUUGAGUAACAAUACAUUAAAAGGCAGAUAUACGACAAAAAGCAAAUGUCUGGCACAUCAGAAGGUGAAGACCUGAAAUAUAGAAUUUGAUCUUCAUCCAUUAUUUAGAAAUAUUUUGGGUUUAGGGCACGUUAUAUUAAUCAAGAAGAGUGUUGUAGAGUUGUUUAUGCAUUGCAAAGCAUCACAACUAACUUAUUCAACUGGCUAAAAAGCACAAACUGCAGUUUGAUGAAUGUAUGAAGGCCGAGUAAAACGAUGCAAUGACUGGUAACGUGGGUCAUCCAACAUCAGCUCAGACAUCCACGUGAGCUGUGUCCAUCCAGCUCACAAAGACGCACUGAAAUCACGAACGCCAUCGCAUUCUGUUUGGCCAAAGAUAUCUUUCCAUUAAACACGAUGAGUACCGAAGGCUUCAUGAAAACAGUCAAAACGCCGGACAAAAGAUAUGUUAUCCCCCGGUGCAGUUAUUUCUCCGAACUGACAAAACCUGCACUGUAUGCAAAAUGUUGCAGGGAAGAUGGAAAGUUAUCUCACAGCUAUUCAGUACUUUGCUACUUUGAGUUUCCUUCACAUCCAUCAUGCAGGUGCAGCAAAUGGAUUGAAAGACUUUAUACUUUGCUUCUAGGAAAUGCACUUAAAUGAAGUGCAUAAACAACUCAUUUGUCUGCAAAGAUGUUUUAAGUAGCGAGAUUGCAGCACAUGUAAAAGUGAAAGCAGCGCCCUGUUGGUUACAUUUUGUGUUAGUUUUUUUGUUACCAUUUUUUAAACUUGGAUAACAUUUUUUUCUUCCAAGAGAUGCACUCAACUUAGGUGAAAAGGAAGGCCAAUUUGUUUAUGCAAAGACGUGUACAUUAUCAGGAAUGAUAAUUACACAACAUUAAUGCCAAAGAUGUGUUAUUUAUUGCAAGUGCAAUAAAAACAUUUCCUCAACAAAUUCAGUGAAUAAUAAUGGCAAAUAAUCGUGAUCUCAAAACAGAUUAACAUUAUCAAAAUUAUUUUGUAAACAUCCAGGCCUAAUAGAACUUUUCUUGCAUAUUGCUCUUUAUUUUGAAACUAAGUGUAAAUUAUACCAAAAAGCAUUCUGAGAGUGCAAACAUCUGCCAAGGCCUCUUUCUCUCUAGGCCGUAUUUACCUAUCAACCAAAACCAGCCACGGCAGGUGGAUUCCCUCCCAGAACCUGGUUCUGCCAAAAGGUUUCUUCCUCUUGAAAGGAAGUUUUUCUUUUCCACGGUUGCCAAGUGCUUGCUCAAAUGGAGUUGUGAAUUGGCACUGUUAUAAACUAAAUUAACUUUUAGGGGAAUACUAUUGUAUUUUGUAUUUAGUUGUCUUGGGUCAUUUUAAGAACAGAAUAACUUAAUUGUUAUUGUAACUAGUAUAUUAAAAUUACAAAAUUAAAAUUGCUAAUCCCAUCCUUGUGCACUCAUUAAAAAAGCAUUAGUCUAAAAAUGGCAGUAAAUAAUAAUAAUAAUUAAAAAAGAUAAACCCAUGCACACACACAUGCACAAUAGGCAUAGACAGGUUGUAUUGCACUCAUGCCUAAUUCCACAAACAGACUUAUGCUACUGCUUUGAUGAGUGUAGUAAUUGCUGCUGGGUAACAGCUGUUUAAAUUAAUUUGCCCUGGUUAUACACCACCUGCCUGACAGCAACAGCUCAAACAGUGGAUGACCCGGGUCUGUAAUGUCUUUUUAUAUAUAUUUGAGCUUAAACUUAAAUGUAGUAAUGACGUUUGUAGUAAAAACAAGUACUUGUGUGGCAUACAUUUCACUGUUUAGUAAAAGCAGUUUAAAUUUUGUGUAUUUUGUUUUCCAGAAAUAAAAGACACUUAUUCAGGACCACAGGAACACGUAUUGAAAUGUGUUACUUAUUUAACAGUUGUAACCUGUCACCGCAAUGUAAAAAAAAAUCUAAAUAAAAAAAAUAAAUCAGCUGAACUAAAUAAGUAUCCUAUGCCAGCAUGUUUUUGUCAGUGUGAAAACCUCUACCUCUCACUCUAAUAGCAUUAUCAUGAUGUUGAGCUUCAGAUCAGUGUAUUGACCUUGUAGGAGAGGUCAGAGGUCAAAUGUGGCACGAUAUUUAAAAUCUAUAUAUGGUACUUACUCUAUGUGGAGUAUAAUGCUUUUUGUCAAUUUUCAACCAAUAAAUCAUUAAGUUGACCUUGAAGACUUCAAUGGAUGUAAGCCAGAUUCUAAUGAUUUAUUAACUGACCCCACUCUACAUCCCCACUCCAGCCGUUCAGAUACCAACAUCAUGAGCUACGUUGUUGCAAAAUUAGACAGGAAAGACCAUAAUUAGCUUAAUGUUUCCUGCCAAGGUUAUUGUACAUUCUUAACUAUACCCACACUCAGUCCUCUGCCUGUACCAGGUAGCUUUUUUAAGGCCAUAUUUAAUUUUAUUUUUUACUGUACUUUAAUGAGUUGUUUUGUCGCUAAACCCACUAACAUCUGCAGAGGAAUAUUAAUCUGUUCGGUUAAAGUUUUCAGUCAGAAGUGACCGUUUGUUUCUUUUUGUUCUUCCUCUGAUCACCAUCAGAUCAGGCCAAUUAUGUUACAAACUAUUACAAAUCCCCACUGAAAGACCAAUAUGUGAUAAUGCUAGAGUGUGGUUAAAUUGCUUAUUUGUCACGGUUUGUGCAUUAUCAUUGUGAGGAUUACAAUAAUACCAUGUCCUAUUGUAGAUUAGGUCACACAUUAAGAUAACUUGCAUUUUGCAGGCAGCUGAAAACGAUCUAAUUAAAGGCAUCCUAAUGGUUUCAUCACGUUCAGCAUGCAACGCUACCAGCAUGCUGAACCUGCUGUUGCAGUUACUGCUGCUCUGAAAAUGUGUUUGUGAUAGAGUGCAUUGUGAACUGGGACUGGUGACUUUUGACUGCCAAACUGUUUCACCCAAGCUAUUCCCUUCAGCAAGAGUUAUUACAUCUUUCACUGUGAAGACAUUGUGUACCAGUGAGAAAUGGCAGACUCUUACUUUUGUUUCUACAUUCAAAUAUAUGGCCUCAUUUCAUCGGCUUAACAACCUCAUUUAAAUGGGCCUAAUGACUCCAACUAAUGUCCGGGCAUGGCCGAGAGAUUGCAAAUGUUCUCACGAGCAAUGUCCUCUGCAUGCACGUUGUAUAUCUCCAUUAUGAGGUCUUGUCUUUAUAAAAAGCACAACCCAUUUUUUGGUCUGCUCCAAAUGUUUUAUUUUGAUAUAAUAUGACGGCCUCUGUGUUGUAAGGUUUACGAUGUGAUUUCUGGGGCAGGAUUGUGAACUUUUCUGAGGAUUGUAAAGAUGCAAAUUUUAGUCAAAAAACACAUUUUUGUGAAAUUUAUAUCUCCAUGUGUGUGUGGGUGUGAAAGUAAGUAUUAAAUCAUGUUGAACAACCAAUUAUUCUCACAUACAAAUAAACGAACAGCCUAAAGAUACAUUAACAAAUACAUUAUGAACAACAAUAAAUACAAAAUAAAACAUUCUGACACAACUAUAAAUUAAAAUAAGUUGUUGAUCUGCAAGAAUUUGGUUAAAGGAUGCUAAUCAACAGCAACACGAGAAUUUCAAACUCGAUAAUCGGCAACAUUUUCAAUACACCAGACAGGGAAAAAAUGACAAAAAAUUAGCAGAGAAUCUUUCCUUUAAAAAGAUGAGAACAAUAGAAACAAUAUCAUCACAACUUUUAAUGAAAUUUUUCAGUUGUCUCACAACUUCUAAGGUAAUGAAAAAAUAAAAUAUAUUUUUUGGUAGUCGGAGGUAGUGCUGUGUACUCCCAGUGUAGAGUUAUUAGGGUAGGUUUAGGGCUAAGAACUUGUGCUGGCUACUACAUGAACUUUCUUUUAUUAUUUGCCGUUGCUGGUAUUUGCUACCUUUUAAUAGCAUAAGCGAUGGCUAAUAUGGCUGUCAGAAAAUUGCUAAUAGUUAAACAGCUCAUUUUAAACAUGUGCUCUAACAAGAUUUACAUGAGAAUUUUGUCUUACUUACAUUUUGUUGAAACAGAAGCUUUGCUGACCUCUCGAAAUUCCUCAGUGGUGCUGUGUGAACUUGUUUGUAAGCUGGAGGAGGUGAAGACAGUACUGCUGGUUUCAGCACUGCUGCCAGUAAUAAUGUUUGUUGGGUAGUAUUUUUAUUUUUAUUUUUUUAGUAUGGAUUAGUAUGGUCGAUUAGCAUAGCUCAGGAGGUAGAGCAGGUCAGGUACUAAUCGGGAUGUUGGUGGUUCGAUCCCUUCGAUUAAGCUGCUCCAGUCUGCAGAGUGUCCUUGGCAAAGAUCCUGAAGCUCGAGUUGCUCCUGAUGCAUUCAUCAGUGUGAAUGUGUUUGAAUGUUAGACAGAAAGCACUUAUGUAUGUAGAAAAAAAUUCUUGUGUGCAUAAAAUGCUCAAGUAGAGUAGAAAAGCAGUAUAUAACAACCAGUCCAUUUAUAGAAUGCACCACUUUGUUGAAUAGGAUAUCUCUAAUAGGACAAAGAGCUCUCAAGAACAAGGACAUCAUGGACAAGAUUUCUAACCUUCAUAAGGCUACGAUUGGCUACCAUCGGCAAAUAGCUUGGUGAGAAAAAUGACAACUAUUGACAGAAACCCCCUUAAAGCCUGGGCCUCAUACAAUACUGUGAAGCUUUGUAUAUCUAAGUAACAGCCCAGAAACAUUAAGGAUUUGAUGAAGCUCUGUAAAGACAAGUGAUCUGUUUCUAACCCUAACCAAAUCUUCUGUUCCAAAAGAAUUAAAUACUUAAAUACCUCCGAUCCAUAAUGCACAUAAUUUUCUGAUACAGAAACGUGUUUCGUUUUCUUGGCGAAUAACCUUUUGAUAUUAAAAUAAACCUACUGUGAAUAUCUUUUUCAUACAGCCAUUCAUGACAGCAAGUGUUCCAAGACAAGCCUAAUAUUAAUUUUAUCAGUUUUUUAAAGUUUAUCCUGCUUCAUUUGGUGUAUUCCUUCCCUGCAGUAUAGUUUUUGACAGCAGAACUGAGUGCUGGAAAGGUCACUGAAAUGCUAAUGCAAAAAUAUAAUUUUAAGUUGGCUCUUUAAAAUUCACAGAAGAUUCAUUGCAGGGAAAUGUUAAAUCUACACACACACACACACACACACACACACACACACGCAUAAAGCACUUUUGCUGUCUUUGUGUCACCCCCGUGUCAGCUCGGGAUGACUCCACUGCGUCGCACUCGAUAUACAGUGCGAUAGUUUUUCAUUAAACAUCAUAGUGUGAAGCAGGAGCCCGCUUACCCUGUUAUGGAUCCAUUUAAAUAAAGAACUAUGCUUAGUGUCAACACGGAUCAAUAUGUGGACUGGCAUCGUGAUGUGGUCUUAACCACCAAAGCAGGGCCCAUUAUGUGAAGCGCUCUUGUCAAAGACACUUAGAAAAGAACGUACAGUCAAAUAUGAGGCAGGAAAUCAAUGCGCUCUGAUAGGGACUGAAACCUGACAGCUCAAUAAGCUGGAGGGAAGAUGUUCCCUCUUAUUCCUCCUCGUCCUUUCCUUCCAGCCAUAACCGUGUCCCACUCCUGCAAGGGACUUAGCAGCUCAAUUCUGCAGACUAUUUCAGAUUACAAGCUGCCGUCAACAACUGCACGGUGAGCAGGUGUGCAGGACCAUGUGAGGGGAAACCGCACACAGCGCGGACGCUAUCACUGACAACAGAGGUGCUAUUAAAGUCCAGAGACAUCAUCGAGUCAUUCGGGUACAGUAAAAAGGACAGGUGCACACUCCUGGCCAACAAGAGGGAGCUUCUAGAUAAAGUCCAUCGAAGCCCUUACUUAAAAAACUGCUUCAAAUGCAUUCUUACUGCAGAGGUUAACAGUUCCUAGAACAUUGCUGCCUCCAUGCAUUGCCGCAUAAUCGCAGACUAACAUAACUGUGGUAUGCAAUGGAUGUUUGUCGUGGAUCAGUAGGCAAAGCAACACUCUCCAAGUAUGAAGGCCCACUUCAGUGGAGCAUGCUAGUUAUAUAUUUGGCUGCAGGACCUUUUUUUAUAACGUGACUCAUCCGUGUUGGUGAUUAAUCAUCUAACUCAUGAAUAUUAAUGUUAUCUGUCUGUGUUCACAAAGCAGAAACACUUUUAAUCUCUUGCACUAUCACACAACAAAUGAGUAAACUGAAAGAACAAAGUAAAAAUGAUUUUAUAAAUGCCAACAGGAGUAAAUAUUGGCUUUAAAAGACCUCCCUACUUUUUUUUUGAAGUACAGCCUUCUCAGAUGUGAUAAGUGUAUACCUGUUAGAGUGAUCCAAAGCAACACUUUUGUUUUUUAGGCACGCCUGUUUCACUGGCACUCUGACUAAAGUGAAUACUAAACCUUGAGUCUCUCGUUUUUAAGGUAAAAAAAAGGACAAAUGCUAGCUAACGAGAGGAAUUUCUCCCUGACACGUUCGCCUUUGGAUUCCUUACAAUGAUGCUGUUGGUCGCAUUUUAACUGCAAUAUGAGUUUACUGAAGAGAGGUGGACACUUUGAAAGCAGAAAACAAAGGAAGCGGAGAAUAUGUCUGCACUGCAACAUUGACAGGCACACUGCAUCGAUUUUACUUCUUGAAAUAUACACUCGCAGACUGCACAGACCUUCUCUAGCAUUUAUUAAUAAAAACAAAAAUAGAUUUCUCAUCCUCGUAGUGGUCAGAAUACAUGAUUGUGAGGAAUCUUUUUUGUAUACCAUUCAAUGUCUAGUUUUCUCUUUAAAGUAUUUAUCUGCAUUCUAACGAGGAGAUGAGAUGAUUUAGAACAAAUAGUUUUUUUUAAAAAAGUGCUGUUAAGAAGCAAAACAAGCUUGUAGGCAUCGGCCGAUUUGCAAAAACAUCCUAAUUUCACUUGUCAAUUGUAACUUUCAACACAGUAACACCGGAGAUGGACCUUGAAAUUACUUUUGCCAUCUGUAUAGAACGGCAUUAGCAUUUGAAAAACCAACAACAUUAGGCCAAAUCAAGAGAAGCUCAUUCACAGGCAGUUGAAAGGCGGCUCCAAACAGAAAAGUCUUUUGCUUUAAAAAAAAAAAAAAAAGAAAAGAAAAAGAGAAAAAAAUCCUCCCAUAAUUCAAGCGAAGGUCUGUUUAUCCACCUGCCGCUGUGUAGUUCAUGGCUAUUUCUCAGUUUCUUUAGGAGACUUGGGUUUCUAAUGAUCCCAGCAUGCCUCUCCAGUUUAUAUCUUACCCCAAGCAGCGCGCUGUUUGGACUCCCCCCUGUGAUUGCAGAAGCACAGAGCUGCACUGACCACUUCAUCUUGUGGGAUAAAACCAGUCUUUUAGCCUCCUCUCAGUCCCUGGGGGAGCAGGGCAGGAGUUCCAAGACCCAAACCUCAAAGGCUGCAACGCCACCACAGGUUACACAUAUGGCUGCGAGAGCACUGCUUCUUGACUGAUAAAAGUCCCAGGCUGAAGACCAUAUCCCUCUCACAAGUCACGCUGCUUACAUAAAAAUGAAUCUGCGUUUAGAAUACAAACACGUUUUUUUGCUUUGUUUUCAUGUGAUGCUCAAAUUUGGACACGCUGUUCCAUCUGGAAAAGCUCUUAAGUGAAAACACUGUUAUCUACCUCAGUGAAGAGUUUUAUUUCCACCGUACCUCGCUUUAUACUGCCUCCCCCCCCCCCCCGAAACCUCGAUGAAAGGUGAUAGGCACUCUUCAGCCAACUGGCAUAUUCAUUUCAGUGUCCAGAGUUCAUCUGAGUGGAGCUGAUAAACUUGGCCAUUGUGAGCCCAUAAUGCCGCAGCGCUGCGGCGAUAAUUACGCACAUUCACAGCAAAUAGUGGCCACUGGCAGCGCCUGAAUUUUCAGUUUAAUUACCAACACUUGUAGUCUGAUUAGAGAUUUUGCCUUCUGGGUGCCGAGGUGAUGUAACACUGUAAAAUGCUUCAGCAUGUGCAUUUCUAGCAAACUAAAUCCGGUGGAUUUGGAUGGGCGGUUAAACAAAAUGCAGCUCUGCUUAUUUUAAUGCCGUCUGAUUUGAAAUCAGCUAUUGGGGAGGACGAAUUUGGGCAAUUUGUCAGGCUGACAAGAGUGCCAGCCAAAACCCUCUUCUGUGCUUAUCCUUUCUAUUGACCAAAUGCAUUUUUGUUUUUUGUUUGCCAAAUCUUUCAUGUCAAGCAAAAGCCGAAUAGAAGACAUUUAUAUACACUGCAUGCACGCUAAUAGGGAAUGUAUAUCAAAUGCUUUAUACCUGCAAGAGUCCCUCUCUUGACUCUAGAUGCUAUUAGUUUAUUUUUUCCCAUCUCAUUAGCAGAUUCCUAUAAACACCAAGCCAAAGAAUUCCCAUAAAGAUAAAGAAGAUUUUCUGGGCAGCAUUGAGUUGUUGUUAGCAGACACGUUAGCUAGAGAACUCUGCUCUCCUUCGAUUAAACCCUCCUCCAUGCUGUGUGAAGCGAGUGUCUCACAGGGGUAACAUAUUCUGCCUUCCCAUCACAUCCCUUUGACAGUUACCAUUAUAGAGAAAUAAGUGUUAAGUGGAGUGUGAGGUUAUGGUCAGGCUGACAGAAUACAUCAGAGGUCAAGACAGAAGUUUAUAGCUUCUCCUCACAAAUUGAAGUUCAAUACUAAUUUAUCGAACGCUGCCGCUAACUCGUCCUUGAUUUUUUAUUUUUUAUUUUUUGUAGAAAAGAAAAAGAAGUUUGAUUCGAAAAUUCUUUAGCCGCUGCUAAUACAACUUGGUAACACAGAGGGAGGAACGGGUUUUCAUGCAUAACAGAAUAAAUGGCGUCGCUUGUUCCUGAAGCAGCCACAUUCACCAAGCAUCCAAAAGUCAAGGUAACGCUGAUGCGCUGUGCCACCGAUUGUAAAGCCAUAGCAAUGUGUUAAGUGCAAAUGUAUAUGGUGGUAAAGAAGUCAUUUCGUUUGGUCUUGACACACUAUAUAAACUCUCCCCAAGAAUCUGCUAUUUGGUCUGUCUGCCCAGAACAUCCCAGUAUUUGGCUUGCUGAUUGCAUGCAUUGUAAAAAAAUGCAUUUAACAGCUCCCCAUGCUGCUCUCUUGGCAAAGCAGAUAUUGUUUCCCUUCAUAUUGCAAUAUCAAUAUAAAUUCAAUUUAUUCUUUAGCACUAAAUGGCUGUUUGCCCAGUUAACGCUCAUUUAUUACAGCCACACAUUGUGGCUUGGGCGUGUGUGCGCCCGUGGCCACACGUAGCAGUCGUUUCACCCACAGAUAACAGCUACACAAUCGUCUCUGAUGCUGUCGCCGUGACAGGCCGUGGGUAUUUUGUUCCCAAAACGCUCGCCACAUAUCAAGGCAGGGUCACGGCCUGCCGGAGUCCUGUGUCUCUAACUAUCCCAGGCUGAUCCGAAGGAGGGCAACAUGGUUCCUGACACUCUCCUUUGGGAGGUGUUACCAUGACAUUAGGAUGUCUCCGCGAUUCACAUGUCCAAGCACUGGUCAACCUCCCUAAAAGCCUGACCACGCCGCUCGGUCCCAAAGCUAAGACAUGUUCACAGUACUGUAGCGGCCUAGCCACUUACUCGGUCUGAAAAGGAAAAGAAAACAAAGAAGGGAGGUAGGGUUUGGAGGGCAAACGCUGCAACCUCAAAGCACUCAUGGGAUAUUAGGCGGGGUUUCCAGCCCUGCUUUUCCACUGAAGCUUGUCGGCCUCGCCCCUGCGAUCACGCUUCUCUUUUCUGGAACGUGUGCAUCAAGCCAGGAGCUGUCGGAGUGUCUUAGCUGGAAUUUUAGUGGAAGCGAAGUCCGUUCCCCUUCACUUGUUUGGCCCGCGGCUUCAAAUUAUAGAGCCUGUAUCAGUAUCCCUUUCUGUGGUGCAUCAGCAGCAUAUAUAUAUCCACCAGGCGCUUGUGUUUUCAUUGUGUUUGUCUGUUGUGCUGCUGGGGGUCAGUAUUAAGUGUUGGUGCCUGGAAGCACGUGCGCUGUGUUUGUGUUUAGUUUUCAAAUUUUCGGUGUAUUUCUUUGCCAGUCAGCAACCGGUAACGGCUGAUAUUAGUCUGGUAUAAAGUGAUAUGUCUGAAAUCCAGAUGGCGACUGUGGAUGUGGCAUUUCUGUAGACCUUUGUUAGGGCUUUGUUUUAUGUCGAGAGAUCACGGUGCCCUUGUUUCUCACUGUCGCUCUGUGUUGUGUGUGUCCUUGUCGCUCCUCGUUUUCACUUCCUAUUUUAUUUUGCUAGUUGUGUGGCUUAGGUGAUCUUACUUCCUGUCAUUGCCAUUUCCCCACCCAUGACGUCCUUAUGCCCUGCCUUGUUCCAGAUAACGUCGGAAUUUCUGCGUUCCCAGUCAGAAUUUUAAUCUGGAACGGCCCCUUCCACUCGUAGUAAUACGAGAGUGGCUCUACCUUAAGAACCAAAACAAUCCUGUUUAUGCUCACUUUCCUGACUUUUUGGACUCAGGAGUGACGUCACUGCAGGAAAAACCCGAAACUUCCUGACGAGAAAUAUUAAACUCGGUUUAACGGCGUCAGUAUCGGGUGUAGUUGUCAGCUGUCAAACUGCUUGUUUUGAGAUAUGUAAUUUCAUUAAUGUCAUUUGCAAAACUAAAGAGAAACAUUUAAAAAUGCAGUUGAUUUGUGUGAUGCUGCAACACUCUGCAGUUACAUUACCCUGUACUUUAUAAUGUGUUAGGUGUGAUGUUGCAUCUUGUGUCAUAAUUAUUUUACUGUUAUUGGUGGGUAAACCGCACGACUAGCGUGACUACGUGCGUGCAUGCACGUAGUCACGUGUGCAAGUGUGGCAUCUAUGCAGGAAGGCUCCUCUGAAAGCUUCCUCGUUUCCUUAAGGUGUAUUUAAGGGAUUUGCGGAUCCUCUGUGGUGACGGAGAGGGAACGGUUUCAGGGUCAUGGGAGGAAAAGGGACAUGAGGCAGCAUAUAUUAGCAUAAUGAAAAGAACCCCGAGUACCGCUUCUCUCCUGUCAGUUUUUGCUUUUUUCGGUUUACCCUCCACUCGUCCGUCUCUUUGUGUUUCCGGUUAGGCCCUGAGCUUUGUUUUUUCUCUUCCUUGCACCCCCCACCCUUUUAUUUUUCUUUGAAUAAACUUUGUCUUUAACCUUGGACGUUAUUUAGGCAACCUGCGUUUCCUCUGCCUUGUUUUUCCACAUCUGUAACUUUUUAAUCUUUCGUGCAUUCGAUUCCAAAUGCAGACUUGAAACAUGGCGUUCUGGAGUUUCCAAAAGGCUGUGAUAGCUGGCAUACCAAAGCUUGCAGACUGAAAGUAAUGCAAAAAUUGCAUAAUAAUAAUGUGAAAGUACUUGGGAGUUGUAGUUUUUGCAGUCACAAGCAUCUACAGAAGGUUAUUUUUUCGGUUUAAAUUGGUUUAAACCUGUAGGUAAAAUGUAACACAUUUUGUGCUUCGGUAAGGCUAAAACAGCUUCGCAUUCACAAUAAGGUUUUUAAAACAAAGAUUUGCUUCUCAAUUUUAGAGAAAAGCGCUUCCACAUUGCGCUCGACACGUCUAAUCGCAGCAUUUGAAGACAUUUCGCUGGACCGGUCGGAGUAAAAGCAGCAUUACCUCGAUUCCUCUCCAUGUUUUCAGCGCGCAGCCAUCACAGUGAAUACGCGCCUUCGCCAUCUAUGCCACCAGGCUGUUCGGCACGUUGGUGCGCCGCUCGCUUUUUAAGAUGGCUGCCAAAAAUGGCGCAGUAGUCUCUUUGUUUACUUGUGAGAUGCUCUGCUAUGUUCCAGUCUAAUAGAUUGGACACAGCCGCCCCGUGGUUUCGCUCCAGCAUUCAGCACUAUUAUGACGGAAGUCCAGAACAAAUCCACUGCACAUUUAGGUGUCAGCGCGUUGUCAUGGAAAGGAGAUACCUCUCUACAGUCUCCGGACUGUCUCCCGGAGACAGCCAGGCCCCGGGACUGCUGCUGGCUCCAGGCGUGAGGUGGGGACAGACUCCUAUAAACCAGCUCACACCGUGGGAUACAGAUGAGCCCCCUGCUAAGCAACAUCGAGAUGCCGAGCCCACCGCUCCAACCUGGCCCGCACCGGUGGCGGCGGUGAGCCAGCCCAGUCUCCUGUCCCACACCUACGCCCUCCCUCAGCCGCCUUCUUUCAACCACAGCGUGACCGCGCAGUCUCCCAUCAUAGGAGUGACCCCAUCCAUCCAGACGCCGGUGCCCCCGCAACACCCCCUCAUGACCGCCCACUUCCAGCUGACGCCGCAGUCGACCCAGCAGCCGCCCUCUAUGGUGCUGAGCAUGCCCAGCCAGCCUCCGUACGCCUCAGCCCAGCCGACGGUCACACCAUCCGCCCUCACUGCCCAGGCCAACCCGGUGGUUCAUCCAAACGCUCACAGCAUGAUUGGCAACGGCCACUUAACCUCUCACCCCAGCCUCAUCCAGCCCCACACCCUGCCUCUCACCAACGGACAGGCGGCGGCGGCAGCAGCAGCAGCGCAUGGCCAGCAAACGGCUGCCGACAAUCAGGACGGUCCCAACGGGCUGCAAAUGCUGCGGACGGUUGGGAGCGGGAAGUACGAGUUCAGCGACCCCGGACAUCCCAAAGAGAUGUUGAAGGAGUUGAACCAACAGCGCAGAGCGAAAGAGUUUACAGACCUGAAAAUUAUUGUUGAAGGCAAAGAGUUUGAAGUCCACCAAAAUGUUCUAGCUUCCUGCAGCUUGUAUUUCAAGGACCUGGUGAAAAGGUCGUCGGGAGAGACGAGGAGCAGGGAGAUGCUGGAGCUGAACAUGAGCAACAUCAGCGCCGACGUGCUGGAGCUGCUGCUCGAGUUUGUCUACACGGGGUCGCUGGUCAUCGACUCGGCCAAUGCCAAGACGUUGCUGGAAGCUGCCAACAAGUUCCAGUUCAACACCUUCUGUAAAGUCUGUGUCUCCUUUCUAGAGAAACAGCUGACUGCCGCUAACUGUCUGGGAGUGCUGGCUAUGGCCGAGGCCAUGAGCUGCACCGAGCUCCACAACAUGGCCAAAGCGUUUGCCCUGCAGAAUUUCCCAGAGGUGGCAGGGCAGGAAGAGAUCCUCAGCGUCUCCAAGGACGACCUGAUAGCCUAUCUGUCCAACGACAGCCUGAACACAAAGGCCGAGGAGCUGGUCUACGAGACCGUCAUCAAGUGGAUCAAACAAGACCCCAACUCUAGAGUACAGCAUUUGUCAGAGCUGUUAGCGGUGGUGCGUCUUCCCUUCAUCCACCCGUCCUAUCUGCUGAACGUAGUGGACAACGAGGAGCUGAUCAAAUCUUCAGAGGCGUGUCGCGAUCUGGUGAACGAAGCCAAGCGUUACCACAUGCUGCCUCACGCACGGCAAGAGAUGCAGACGCCGAGGACCCGCCCCAGACUUUCUGCCGGUGUAGCGGAGGUGAUAGUUCUCGUGGGAGGGCGUCAGGCUAUCGGGAUGAACCAGCGCUCUCUGACAGCAGUCACCUGUUUUAACCCCCAGAACAGUAAGUGGUACCCACUGGCCAGCCUGCCCUUCUACGACCGCGAGUUCUUCAGUGUCAUCUCGGCGGGAGACAACAUCUACCUGUCAGGUGGCACAGAGUCAGGUGUGAUGGUGGCCGAUGUGUGGUGCUACAUGUCUCUUUUGGACAACUGGAAUCUGGUGUCCCGGAUGACCGUGGCUCGCUGCCGGCACAACAGCCUGGUGUACGACGGCAAGCUGUACACGAUCGGCGGACUGGGCGUAUCGGGGAACCUGGACCACGUGGAGAGGUACGACACCAUCACCAACCAGUGGGAGACGGUUUCUCCUCUCCCCAAGCCGGUCCAUUCUGCCGCAGCCACCGUGUGCGGAGGGAAGAUCUACGUGUUCGGUGGUGUGAAUGAGGCCGGGCGCUCGGCGGGUGUGCUCCAGUCCUACGUACCGCAAAGCAACACCUGGAGUUUCAUCGAAUCGCCCAUGAUAGAUAACAAAUACGCCCCUGCAGUGAGCCUAAAUGGAUUUAUAUUCAUCCUGGGAGGAGCCUACGCUCGAGCUACCACUAUCUAUGACCCAGACAAAGGCAACAUCAAGGCCGGUCCCAACAUGAAUCACUCUCGGCAGUUCUGCAGCGCCGUCAUUCUGGACGGGAAGAUCUACGCCACGGGAGGCAUCGUGAGCAGCGAGGGUCCGGCCCUCGGCAGCAUGGAGACAUUUGACCCUUGCGCCAACACUUGGACACUCUUGCAGUCACUGCCCUGCCCGCUCUUCAGACACGGCUGCGUGGUCAUCAAAAAGUAUAUCCAGAGUGGCUGAGGGUGGCUCGGACCGGGUCGCACUGGGUCAACGCUUAACACCAGCUGAGCUCCAGUUGUGGGACGAUGUGUGACAGCAGCUUCGAGACGGGCCGAUCGCUCGCUCGGUCUGUCGGCGACCUCUGGACUUGACGUCAGCAUUCAUCCACACUGUUGCCCCACACCUGAAGAUAAAGUCAAAAACACCCUGUGCAGAAUGUACUCAUGUUUAACUACUCAGCCAUGUCAGGUGACGAUUCCCAACCUCCAGUACUGUAUGUGUCAUGGUAGUAGUUCAUUCUCUGUCAUCAAACAGGCACAGGGUCCCUCUUAGUAAUUUGAAAACUCCAGGGUUUUUAAAUGAAGUCUGUUUCCCCCCCUCUGGUACUGCCUUUUGUUUUUUGUUUUCAGUGCAUAUCUCUGUAAACUCAACACCUUCAUUUCCUUUCAUAUAAUCUGACUCAGCUGAAAGCCAUUGCAGGUCCAGAUUCGUGUCCCUUUGAGUAAAACACACGUUAGCAGGCGUAGGUUUCGCAGUCGUGCAUUUGUGAAAGUUUUUGUGGCAUACAAACGUUUUUCCAGUAGCGACAUCUGAAGGACAGGAGGGAAAAGCGAAGGGAAGCGACGCGACUGUUUUCCUCUUCAUCAGUGCAUCCGAUGAGUUUCUUUCUCCACUGCAACCAGAAGCAAAGUUCCAACUGUGCAGAUUUAUGGGGUAACUUUAAAACCAGAUUCUGAACUCUGUGUAACCUGGGCCUUUUUAAUGGCUCUCUAAAUAUUGGAAAAAAAACUAUCAAAUCGGGGUCAGGUUGGGUUUAAAAAGAGAUUUCUUCCCCCCCUCCUUUGUUCUUGUACAAUUCCAGUCUGAUUGAGAUAUCAUCUGGAGGGUGAGUGGCUUUUUUUUCCUGCCUUUAUUCACACUGACUUGCUCUCUGGGAUAAAGAAAGCACCACACUGAGAGAGAGAGAGGGAAUUCCUUCUUCCGCUGGCGUCUGAUCAGAUUCAAGUUGGGACAAUUCCUCCGGGAAAAAAAAAAAAAGCACAAUAUUCACCCGCGACUGUUAUCAUAGAUGUUAUCUGUUUAUCCAUGUUUCUUCUGUGUUUCAAGUUCCUCCUUCCCAAAUCCGCUUGUUUUAUACAAUGUUUCAUUGCAACCUGCAAAUUAUGUCGGGUUGGUAUUCUGUAAAUACAGCGAGGAAAUAUGUAUAUUUUAAAACCUGAAGGCAAUUCUGUAUAAAUGUUUUUAGAAAAAAAAAAAAUGAUAGGCUGAAUUGAAAAUGGUACGUCUGUAAAUCUGUACCCAAAAAGGAAAACUUAACAAUUGUUAUUAUUGAAACCUAAUACAUAUACCAGAAUAUGAA